AUGACUCUAGAUGUCCAUCCAAGUUCUCACAGUGUUGGCAGAUCAACAGAUCCAUCCAAUCCCCAGAAAUCUUCUUCAGGCCAUAAGGGGGUUUACACAGGAGAGAGGUCGUUGUCAUGUUCGGUGUGUGGGAAAUGCUUUACUAAAUACCAAAAACGUCUAAGACAUCAGAAUCUUCACACCGUUGAGCGUCUGUAUUCAUGUUCAGAGUGUGGGAAAUGUUACAUUCAAAAAGUACAACUUGUUAUACACCAGAGAACUCACACAGGUGAGCGUCCAUUUUCAUGCCCAGAGUGCGAGAAAAGAUUCUUUCAGAAAGCAGACCUGGAUUCUCAUCAAAGAAUCCACACCGGUGAGCGUUUGUAUUCAUGUUCAGAGUGUGGGAAAUGUUUCAUUCAAAAAGGACAACUUGAUACACAUCAGAGAACUCAUACAGGUGAGCGUCCAUUUUCAUGCCCAGACUGCGAGAAAAGAUUCAUUCGGAAAGCAGACCUGGAUUCUCAUCAAAGAAUCCACGCUGGUGAGCGUCCUUAUCUAUGUUCAGAGUGCAGGAAAUCUUUCUAUGAAAACCAAGACCUUCUUCAUCAGAGAACUCACAGUGGUGAGCAUCCUUUUGUAUGUUCAGAGUGCGGGAAAAGUUUCAGUCGCAAAACACAACUUAUUUUACACCAGAGAGUUCACACGGGGAAGGAGAUCGGCAUGGCGUGGGGAGCAAUUACUGGAACCGAUCCCCUUAAGGUGGUUUACACAGGAGAGCGUUCACUGUCAUGUUCGGUGUGUGGGAAAUGCUUCACUAAAUACAAAAACCUUCUAAGACAUCAGAAAAUUCACACCAGUGAGCGUCCGUAUUCAUGUUCAGAGUGUGGGAAAUGUUUCAUUCAAAAAGGACAACUUGUUAUACACCAGAGAACUCACACAGGUGAGCGUCCAUUUUCAUGCCCAGAGUGCGAGAAAAGUUUCAUUCGGAAAGCAGCCCUAGUUACCCAUCGAAGAAUCCACACGGGUGAGCGUCCUUUCCAUUGUUCAGAGUGCGGGAAAUGUUUCUUUAAAAAGGAUACCCUUAUUAUACACCAGAGAACUCACACCGGUGAGCGUCCUUUCCCUUGUUUAGAAUGUGGCAAAUGUUUCCUUAAAAAAGAAGCACUUACUAUACACCGGAGAAUUCACACUGGCGAGCGUCCUUAUCCAUGUUCCGAGUGCGGGAAAUCUUUCAUUGAAAACAAAGAUCUUCUUCGACAUCAGAGAAUUCACACUGGCGAGCGUCCUUUUAGAAUCCACACGGGUGAGCGUCCUUUCCCUUGUUCAGAGUGCGGGAAAUGUUUCCUUAAAAAAGAAAAACUUAUUAGACACCAGAGAAUUCAUACGGGUGAGCGUCCUUACUCGUGUUCAGAGUGCGGGAAAUCUUUCACUCAGGAAGAAAUACUUCUUGAACAUCAGAGAAUUCACACAGGCGAGCGUCCUUAUCCGUGUUUAGAGUGUGGGAAAUUCUUCAGUCAUAAAAGAUACCUUGUCAAACACCACAGAAUUCACACGGGUGAGCGUCCUUUUUCCUGUUUAGAGUGCGGGAGGUCUUUCACUGGGAAAAAGGAACUUCAUAGACACCACAGGAGUCACACGGGUGAGCGCCCAUAUUCCUGUCCAGAGUGUGGGAAAUCUUUCACUUAUAAAGGAGACCUUGUUAAACACCAGAGAAUUCACACAGGCGAACGUCCCUAUUCAUGUCCAGAGUGCGGGAAAUGCUUCACUAUGAAAGGAAACCUUGUGCAACAUCAGAGAAUUCACACGGGUGAGCGUCCUUUUUCCUGUUCAGUGUGCGGGAAAUCUUUCACGCAGAAAACUAUACUUGUUGUACACCAGAGAAUUCACACGGGGGAAUGUCCUUAUACAUGUUCAGAGUGUGGGAAAUCUUUCACCACAAAAGCGGACCUUGUUAAACACCAAAGGGUUCACACGGGGGAGUGCCCUUAUUCAUGUUCAGAGUGUGGGAGAUGUUUCAAUCACAAAGGAAACCUUGUUAAACACCAGAGGCGUCCGUAUUCAUGUUCAGAGUGCGGGAAAUGUUUCAUUCAAAAAGGACAACUUGUUAUACACCAGAGAACUCACACAGGUGAGCGGCCAUUUUCAUGCCCAGAGUGCGAGAAAAGAUUCAUUCGGAAAGCAGACCUGGUUUCUCAUCAAAGAACUCACACCGGUGAGCGUCCUUUCCCUUGUUUAGAGUGUGGCAAAUGUUUCAUUAACAAAGAAACACUUACUUUACAUCAGAAAAUUCACACUGGUGAGCGUCCUUAUCCAUGUUCAGAGUGCGGGAAAUCUUUCAUUGAAAACCAAGACCUUCUUCGACAUCAGAGAAUUCACACUGGUGAGCGUCCGUUUGUAUGUUCAGAGUGCGGGAAAAGUUUCACUCGCAAAAGACAACUUAUUGUACAUCAGAAAGUUCACACGGGUGAGCAUCCCUUCCCUUGUUCAGAGUGCGGGAAAUCUUUCAUUCAGAAAAAUGUACUUCUUGAACAUCAGAGAAUUCACACAGGCGAGCGUCCUUAUUCGUGUUCAGAGUGCGGGAAAUCCUUCAGUAAUAGAAGAUACCUUGUCAAACACCACAGAAUUCACACAGGUGAGCGUCCUUUUUCCUGUUCAGAGUGCGGAAAAUCUUUCACUGGGAAAAUAGAACUUCAUAGACACCACAGAAUUCACACGGGUGAGCGCCCCUAUUCAUGUCCAGAGUGCGGGAAAUCUUUCAUCUUUAAAAGUCCAGAUUGCGGGAAAUGUUUCACUACGAAAACAAGCCUUGUGCAACACCAGAGAAUUCACACAGGUGAGCGUCCUUUUUCCUGUUCAGUGUGCGGGAAAUCUUUCACUCAGAAACCCAAUCUUGUUGUACACCAGAGAAUUCACACGGGGGAAUGUCCUUAUACAUGUUCAGAGUGCGGGAAAUCUUUCACCACAAAAGCGGACCUUCUUAAACACCAAAGGGUUCACACGGCUGAGGAACCUUCAAAUAGAUCCCAUACUAUGACUUCAGAUCUCCAUCUAAGGUCAAUGGAGCCUUCUAAACCUGAGGAAUCUUCUGAUAGAUCCCAUACUAUUAAUCCAGAUCCAAGUUCUCACAGUGUUGGCAGAUCAACAGAUCCAUCCAAGCCCCAGAAAUUUUCUUUAAGCCAUAAGAGGGUUUACACAGGAGAGAGUUCAUUUUCAUGUUCAGAAUGCGGGAAAUGUUUCCCUGAAAACAAAAAGCUUCUUAGACAUCAGAGAAUUCACACGGGUGAGCGUCCUUACUCAUGUUCAGAGUGUGGGAAAUCUUUUGCUCAAGAAAGUGUACUUGUUGAGCACCAGCGGAUUCACACUGGUCAGCGUCCUCAUCUAUGUUCAGAGUGCGGGAAAUCCUUCAUUGGUAAAAGAGAGCUUGUUAAACACCAGAGAAUUCACACAGGUGAACGUCCUUAUCCAUGUUCAGAGUGCGGGAAAUCUUUCAUUGGGAAAAAAGAACUUCUUCGACACCAGAAAAUUCACACAGGUGAGCGCCCUUAUCCAUGUUCAGAGUGCGGGAAAUCUUUCACUGGGAAAGGAGUACUUGUUCAACACCAGAGGAUUCACACAGGUGAACGUCCUUAUCCGUGUUCAGAGUGCGGGAAAUCUUUCAUUGGGAAAAAGGAAUGUCUUAGACAUCAGAGAAGGCACACAGGUGAGCGCCCGUAUUCAUGUUCCGAGUGCGGGAAAUCUUUCUCCCAGAAAAUAAUGCUUGUAACACACCGGAGAACUCACACGGGUGAGCGACCUUAUUCGUGCCCGGAGUGCGGGAAAUGUUUCACCACAAAAGGAGUACUUGUUAAACACCAGAGAGUUCACACAGGCGAGCGUCUUUAUUCAUGUUCAGAGUGCGGGGAAUCUUUCACCCAGCAAGGAAACCUUCUUAGACACCGGAGAAGACACACCACGGGGCGUCCUCGCUGA